UCUAUUGUACAGUUCAACCAGGACGCGCUGAAAAAGUAACACUUGCGUUUAUGCUUGGAGAUAUGUUGCUCUAGUUCGACUAGCAUGUUGCUGACAUGUCGUAAUAACGUUAGGAUAGUUUCCAUUGACUUGUCGUUUGCCUGGUGUCAAAAUAAAGACACGGACUGCAAAUUCACUGACGGAGAGCUUCACUAGGAGGUUGGCCAUGUCCAAAGACAAGGAAGGAUAUAUUGUUAAGUUUGUGAAAAGUAAAGGACAUCAAGCGGAGUAUGUCCUCAAGGCUUAUGAGGCCAUUUUGGAGCUGCAGUCUGAGAAAUACGUGAACGAUAUCAACGAGGAUGCAGUUUUACAAAUGCACCAGAAAGACAAGUCUUUGUUUGUGUUCAGCAGUUUUACCUCUACAGCUUUUCUGCACUGCAAAAAGCUCGGCUGCCGAGUGGUGAGUCCACUGGUGGUGUUGUACUGCCUGCAGCAGCAGCGCUGUGUCCCCAGAGCAGAGAAACCUGUUUAUAACAUGGCCAUGGCUGACAUCACUAUAUCCUGCACCAGCCUGGACAAGGCAACACGGACGGAGGUCAUGGAUCUAGUGCAACUCAUGGGUGGACGGGUGUAUCUUGACCUCAAUGUGUCUGUCACACACCUGAUAGCUGGAGAAGUGGGCAGCAAGAAAUAUUUGGUAGCUGCGAGUCUGGGUAAACCCAUCCUGCUACCUGCAUGGGUCAAAGCUUGCUGGGAGAAAUCUCAGGAGAGCCUUUUCAAGUGUACAGAUUUACCCCUUGAAGACUAUCUGUGUCCUAUCCUGCGUGGCUGCACGGUCUGCGUGACUGGUCUCUCCAGUGCAGAGCGCAAAGAAGUGCAGCGGCUUUGUGAGCAGCAUGGCGCCAGUUACACAGGCCAACUCAAAAUGAAUGAGUGCACACACCUCAUUGUCAGUGAACCAACAGGUCAGAAGUACGAGUGUGCUCGGAAGUGGAAUGUGUAUUGCGUGACACUACACUGGCUAUUUGACAGCAUAGAAAAGGGCUUUUGUCAAGAUGAAAGCAGGUACAAAGUGGAGUCCAAUGCAUCAAAAACCACUCGACCAAAUACUUCUACGCCCACUGGCACCACCAAGAAGGAGGAGGGUUUAUCUCUGUUGGGCUUGAGCCACAUUUCUGUCAAUGCCAGCAUGACAAUAAAUGAUACAGCCCUCACUAAUGGCACUAUAAGCCGCCUGGAAGGCCCAGACCCUGUAGAUAAUCUUGACCUCACUGUCUGCCCAACUGAUGAUUUACUUGAUGGAUGCAAACUUUAUCUGUGUGGCCUGCCAGAGAAGAAACUGGACAAACUGCGUCGGCUUGUGAACACUGCAGGAGGUCUGCGAUUUAACCAGCCUAGUGAAGAACUAACACAUGUAGUGAUGGGGGAGUUGGACCAAGGUCUCAAGACGUUUUUCUCCAAAGCAGCUCACAGGCCCCACUUUGUAACAGUGCAGUGGCUGCUGGAUAGUUUCUCCAAAGGCAGUCUGCUUCCCGAAGCCGACUAUCUCCACCCUGACUGUCUGCCUCCUGCUGCAGCUGUGGUAUCUGUGCCAACACAUAAGACUUCUGCCUCCAGACUUUCAGCUGGUCCUCCUGUGGCCAGUCCAAGCACACCGAGGCAAAACAGAGCAGAUGAGUAUCUGCUGUCACAGUACAUGGAUGAUGACCCUACAGUAGUUGAGAUCCCACCACCACCUUUUGAGGGCAACAGCAGGACAUCCAUCAGUUUAGCUCCAGAGCCUGAGCUUGAACUUUGUGAACCAAAGCACAUCAGAGGAGCAGAGAUGGACUCAACCAUACAGGAUGCUGAUGAAGGGGGUUUAUUUGCAGGGAAACGUUUUCUCCUUGUGGGCUUUGGUACAGAAGCAGAAGCUCAGCUGUCUCAGCUAGUGACUGAAAGUGGAGGCAAGCUAUUGACUGGCCGCACACGAGUUGUGGCGGACUAUGCUGUGGUCCCACUGCUGGGCUGCUCUGUGGAGGCCACAGUGGAUGAGGUGGUGACUGAUACCUGGCUGGCUAUGUGCAUAGAGAAGGAGAGUGUUUUGCACCUGCCCUCCAACCCUUUGUUCACCCCGGUUCCUGUGAUAGAUGGACGAUUUCCUCUCAAGGAUUGUGUUCUCUCUGUCAGCCAGUUCACCGGAUCAGAGAGGGAGUCUUUGGUGGAGUUGGCCAAGCACCUCGGAGCAACUGUUCAGGAUUACUUUGUUCGCCUAGCCAACCAGAAAAAAGGCAUGCUGGCCAGCACUCAUUUAGUGCUGCAGAGCCCUGAAGGCACAAAGUACCAGGCAGCUAAGAAAUGGGGGCUGCCUGCUGUCACUAUGUACUGGAUACUGGAGUCAGCUCGAAUCGGCAAAAGGGCUGAUGAGGAGCGAUUUUUAGUUGACAGACCACCAUCACCAGACCGAGAUGAAGAGAGCUUUGUUGGUGGUUCCCAGAAACCAAUCGUUCCUCCUCCAGCUCGUUCAUCUCCAGAGAUUCCUUUGCUAGGUGUUCAGAGUGGUAAGGCUGUCACACCACUGGAUUUAGGACGCUUUCAGAGCAAAGUCUUCCAGUCUGUGUUGGACAAAAUGAAGCCCAGAGAAGACGUAAACACACCAAAACAAAACCAGCAGGGUGGUAGAAGGAAUCCACUUCAAAAGGAGGCCUCGCUGCAGCUGGAUACUCCUUCUCGUUUUCUCAGCAGAGACCAGCUCUUCAGGCCCUCCUUUAAUGUCAAGGAUGCACUAGGGGCUUUGGAGACUCCAGGUGGGAGAUCCAAGCCCGAAGAGAUGGAGGGGACUCCACUGACGGACAUUGUCAACAGAAACAUGAAGGUGGCUCUGGCUAACAGCACCUGCACUAAUAUCUCCGACAUGCAAGCAAUGUUUGCAAGCCCCCAGCUAACGAAGACAACUGACAGGGAGGUUCCAGUAAAAGAAACUGGUCCCCUAACUGGAGUUGUGAUCUGUGUGGGAAAGAAACUGAGCAAAAUGCAGAGUGAACUAAAUGCAAUCGCUGCAUCUCUGGGAGCUGAUUUCAGAUGGGCUUGUGAUGACACGGUGACACACUACAUCUACCAGGGCCGUGUGGGGGACAACACACGGGAGUACAAAGGAGUGAAGGAGAGAGGACUGCAUGUGGUCUCCCAGUACUGGCUACAGGCUUGUGCUGAGGAGCAGAGACAUGUCCCAGAGUCUCUGUAUCCUUUUACUUACAAUCCGAAAAUGAGCCUAAACCUCAGCCAGAUGCCCAGCAGCUCUCAGAGGUCUCCACCUUUUACACGAACACAACUGAAAGAUCUCACCGAGGCAAAGGACCACACGGCUGAACACAGGGUCACGGACGAUGCUACAAGCCUACGUCGUGUGAGUGAUGGAAGUGUCGAACAGGACGACACAAAUGCAGAGAGUGCAGAUAUUUCAGAGACUCUGGAAAUGAGAGAGAACCUGCAAAGGCAGCUCCAGGAGAUUAUGUCAGCCACUAAACUGACGUCAGGAAGGCGUACCUCCGUCAGACUUACCAGAAUGGGAUCAGGAGGCGCAGAUUCACGACCCAACACACCUGACGGGAGUCGGGUUGGACGCACUGGGAGCAGACGUACUCUGGAAGCUCUAAGGGUUUCCAGAGAAGCAGCUAUGGACAUAAACACAGAACCAUCCCAGAGUGAACAGAUAGUUUGGGAUGACCCUACAGCCCGGGAGGAGCGAGCCAAGCUGGCUGACAAUUUACAGUGGCCAGGCAGUCCCUCACAGCAUUCGCAGUCCCUCGCACCUCCAGCUGCUCCCCCUGCGGAAACUAUUCCUUCAUUCAGAGACUCCAUGACUGACUCUGAGCUGGUAGAGAUGGCUGCUUGUGAUGUUAUAGAUCAGCAUAUAGGCCUGAAGGUCACAACAUCAAGGAAGUUGGAAAAUAACGUCCCUACACCUGAAGCUCCAAGCAUUGACCUCCCAGUUGUGCCGGAGCCACAGGAGAGAGAGGAAGAGAAGCCGCCACCCAGAUUCCAGCUGUCCUCACUCACCCCUCAGGAACGCAUUGAUUACAGUCACCUCAUCGAGGAGCUUGGUGGUGUAGUUCUAGACAAGCAGUCCUUUGAUCCCAGCUGCUCCCACAUCAUCGUGGGGACGCCACUACGCAAUGAAAAGUAUCUGGCAGCAAUGGCUGCUGGCAAAUGGAUCUUGCAUCGCUCCUAUCUGGAAGCCUGCAGAUCUGUGGGCCACUUCAUCCAGGAGGAUCAGUAUGAGUGGGGAUGUAGCUCCAUCCUGGAUGCUCUGCCCUCCAUCACCACCCAGCAGAGGAGGCUGGCAUCAGCAGCCAUGCGCUGGAGGAAAGCUCUGCAGGGACAGUCUGAAGAUGGGGGUGCAUUCAGCGGGUGGACAGUGAUGCUGAACAUUGACCAAAGCAGAGAAUCAGGCUUCAGGCGGCUGCUGCAGUCUGGAGGAGCGAAGGUUACUGCUUCUUUACUGCUACAUUGGGUUCAUGUUAUCUGUCCGUCCUCAUCAGCACCCGUUCUCCUACAUUACCAUUAUAACCCUCUCUUCUUGGUGAUGACUUUUUGUUUUCUUCUCCAGGUCCUGCCCAGUCCCACCCCGUCCCUUUACAAAGAGGCCACGCACCUCUUUGCAGACUUCAAUCGGCUGAAACCUGGAGACUUCAGAGUCGACGUAUCGGAAGCUACAUCACAGGGAGUGACGUGCUUGAAACCAGAGUACAUCGCUGACUACCUCAUGCAGGACCCGACUCCACCUGUUGAUCUGUACCUCCUGAGUGAAGCUCCUGCUGGUGAAACUCCAGGCACGCCAUCUCGUAAACGGAAAGCAGCAGCUGACGCCUCCAGACUCAAAAAGUCGCGUCUAAACUGAACUCUUACUCAUAAACAUUCUCAUCUUUGAAAUUUAGAUUUUUUUAUGUAUUAAAUAAAAUAAAUGUAACUGUG